AUGGCAGACACGUUACCGACAAAGCGACAGCGAUCGAAAAGUGUUUGUCGCUUUGUUUUGGCGUCUCCUCAGAAGAUUCAAAAGUCGAUGUUUCACGAGACGUGCAUUUCAACAUCUUACGAAGAGAAAGAGACGAACUUCCAGGCGUUUUUCCCGGAGCAAAAAUUGGAUUCAGAGGUAGGCGAGGACACUAUUAAUAAGUAUGCUUCAGAGGCUACAAUACGGUCUGAACUGUUUUAUAGUGGCGCGAAGAGUGAAGUCAGACUCUUUGCAUGGGAAGUAUGCCUUGGGACUGACUAUUCCAAUUUAUACUUUCCGUCAUUAAUAUUGGUCGAUUACUUAAACGUGGUGAAUGCCGAUGACUGGGAGAAGUUAAAGAAUGACAUCACACUUGAUAUACCAAGGACUGAAAUUGAUAACACCUUUGUCAAGAAAUGGUCCAAAGAGGGGAGACUAAUGAAAAAAAUAAUUGAGGCGUAUUGCGCGUCACACCGGACCGUCGGAUUUAAACAGGGCUGCACAGAUAUUUUCAUUAUGUUAUACCAAAUCACUAAAGAUGAGACAAAACUUUUCUCUUUGUUUUGUAAUGUCAUGGAAUUUAUUAAUCCAUUUUGUACAAAUAAGACAGAAGACGUUCUGACAUCUUUUUCGACUAUUAUUGAAGUUCUUGAUAAAGGGUUGUACGACGCUAUAGUCAAAAAUUGUGGGGGGUUCACCUUUAUAUACCAAUGGUUGCUUCUGCUUUUUAAACGAGAGUUUGACUCAAAGACUGUGUUUAGAAUAUGGGAUAGCAUCUUUGCUUUCCCAUCAAGAAGAUUCCACUUGUUUAUUGCUUCGACUAUACUCAUAAUGAACGCAAAGAGCGCGAAAAUGAUGACCAGCUUCGAGCAGAUUUUGUGUUUCUUUAACACAAAAAUGAAGGAAAUUAAUUCGACUAUCAUAUACCAUGCAGACUUGAUUUAUAGGACGUUUAUAAGCUCAUGCAAAGAACCGGCAAAGCUUAAAAAAGUGUUUGGGGAUCAAGAGAUGAUUGACAAGAAUCUUGAAAGAGGGAUUUCGCCAGUCAUUUCGCAGCCACAAUCGCCGAAAUUGCACAGCUGCAAUGAAGUUGAUAAAAAUGUGAGAGAUGAUAUCAUUAAGCUUAUUGGAGAAGAGCCUGAGGUCCAUCCGAUCAGACCAAAUGCCAAUGAAGAAGAAAUAGAAUUCCACUUGAUUGAGGUCUGUGAACAUGACAAUUGGUGUCGGAAAAUGAAAUAUUAUUUGAAGAAAAGAGGGUGUGAGUGA